AUGCAAGAGCGCUGCAUGUUCAUUUAUAACGGAGGUGCAAACCAAGGAGUCGUUUGUAAAUACCUGAAACCACAAAAAUCAGUGAUUAGUUCAAGCGAAGUUGAGUGGAUCAUUGAUGAGAAGACAGGAUGGUCAGCGUGCUCUGAGGAUUGCGCUGGAGGAAAGAAAACGCGACUGAUAAAGUGUAAACGAAAGGAUGAUCAAUCAAUAGUUGCAGACAGGAUUUGUGAAAAAGGAUCCAAGAAACCUCAAUAUGAGAUGCCUUGUAAUAUCCAUCCCUGUACAGCAGAAUGGCACCUGUCUGGAUGGAGCUCUUGUUCAAAGACAUGCGGACGUGGUGUAAUGACGCGCAAACUGUCCUGCAGAACGAAAGUCAGUCAAAACCCAGAAGAAUAUAAAACCGUGAAGGAUAUCAGCUGCAAGGGACCAAAGCCAAAGGUGCUCCAGAGAGCUUGCUAUAAAGUAGCCUGCCCCGCUGAAUGGGUUCCUUCUCCCUGGGGAAAGUGUUCUAAGACCUGUGGUGGUGGUAUUAUCACUCGUAUUCUGUCCUGUAAAAAGCUGAAUAACGACGGCCAAUACAGCCCGGUGCCAAAAAUCUUUUGUCAAAACGCAGUCAAGCCGCCUGUAACUGAGGCAUGCAAUGACGACAUUCCCUGCAUUGUAGAGAAAUACCGACCACUGGGCUGUUACAGAGAAAAUCCACAUAAACAUCUUUUGCCAGUAAUGGAGCAUAGCUUUCGUUCCGGCGGCAUAACAUGGAACAAGAUAGAAUUAGUAGUGGAAGCCUGUUAUCAAAUAGUGAAAGACACAAAGUACAAGAUCUUUGGAGUGAAAUUCUACGGUGAAUGCUGGGUGGGAAAAACGCCCAGUGCAGAAUUCAAGACCAGUCUUGGCAAGUGUUACGCGCGAACCGUAGGGAAGGCUCAUACUUAUUACAUUUACGAAAUUCUCUAGGAGGGAAAAAGUUACAAAGUUUGCUGAAAGACGUCGUUGCAAGUUCAUUUAGUAUAUACAACUUCCAUGCUGAGAUACCUUAACCUGACUUAACAGACAUUCAACUGAAUCGCUGUACAAUUGCAAAUAGUGCAGUCUUGUGCCAUAGCUUAUGAUCGCAGUAAAUUACUACAUAUGAAAACAGAAUAAAGUACCGAACUUACACAUUGUUACACAAUGAAUUUUAAUCCGUAUGUAUUGGAGCAACGUUUGCAGCAACCUUAAAUCGAUUGCCUUUAUGUUAAUAUGGAAAAAGACUACCGUGAUUUCUAAUAUCCUCUUCCCCGCGUCUCUUCCCCCUUUCCGCUUAAUGGAAAUGAAAUAAAACUUGCCUAAUUUAUUUUUUAACCAUGAAGAAGUGAUAGAGU